ACUCGUUGAACAUAGCAAAUUCCAAUCUCGUGCCUUCUGCAUCUCGUCUUAUCGCUAUCAGAAAUCAUAGACCAGGUUUUUGCUCAAGAUCAAUUCAUCUUUUUUUUUUUUAAUACGAGGCCAACUCACCACCACUCAUUGUAUCUACGCAAACCAAACCAAAACAACAUCAUCAAUUCAUCAUGUUUUCGGCUAAGCAGCUUGCCCUGGCCGCCCUCCUGGGCCAGGUCUACGCCGAUGUUGAGCCCAUCGUCAUGAAGGGCCAGCACUUCUUCUACGAGAACGGCACCCAGUUCUUCGUCAAGGGUAUCGCCUACCAGCGGGACACCAGCUCGUCCGAGGCCGCCAGGAAGCGCGACGACACCACCACAGACUACAUCGACCCCCUCUCCGACUCCGUCCGUUGCAAGCGUGACGUUCCUAUCCUGGCUGCUGCUGGCACCAACGUGAUUCGCACCUACGCCCUCGAUCCCACGGCCGACCACGACACAUGCAUGGAGCUGCUGGCCGACGCUGGCAUCUAUGUCAUCUCCGAUCUGUCGGACCCUGACCAGGCCAUUGACCGCUCCGACCCGGUCUGGGACACUGCCCUGUACACGCGUUACACCGCCGUCAUUGAUGCCAUGAAGGGCUACAAGAACGUGAUCGGUUUCUUCGGUGGUAACGAGGUCACCAACAACGCCUCCAACACCGAUGCCUCCGCUUUCGUCAAGGCCGCCGUCCGUGACAUGAAGUCCUACAUCAACAGCACCGCCGAGCGCUGGAUGGGUGUCGGCUAUGCUGCCAACGACGACUCUACCAUCCGUGACAACAUGGCCCACUACUUCAACUGCGGUGACCAGACGGACGCCAUUGACUUCUGGGGCUACAACAUCUACGAGUGGUGCGGCGAGAGCAGCUACACCGAGUCCGGCUACAGCGAGGUCGUCGACUUCUUCUCCAACUACUCCGUCCCCGUCUUCUUCUCCGAGUACGGCUGCAACAGCGAUGGUGCCGACGAGCGUAUCUUCGAGGAGACCACUACUCUGUACGGCGACGAGAUGAGCCCCGUCAUCGCCGGUGGUAUCGUCUACAUGUACUUUGAGGAGACCAACGACUAUGGCCUGGUGAGCGAGAUCGACUCCACCAGCGUGUCCAUCAUGAAGGACUACACCUCGCUCAGCUCUCGUGUCAAUGCCGCCUCUCCUACCUCGACCUCCAUGGCCGCCUACACUCCCACCAACUCGGCCGCCGCCUGCCCCGCUGUCGACUCUGCCUGGCAAGCCGCCAACAUCCUGCCCCCGACUCCUGAUGCCACCCUCUGCGAGUGCAUGUACGAGUCGCUGAGCUGUGUGCCUUCCUCCGGCAUCAACGGCUCCGCCUACAGCUCCAUCUACGGCUACAUCUGCGGCGAGGACGAAAGCUACUGCGCCGGCGUCCUGACCAACGCCACCAGCGGUGUCUACGGCGCCUACUCCAUGUGCAACUCCACCCAGAUGCUCGGCUACAUCCUGGACCAAUACUACCAGGGCCAGAACUCUGAUUCCUCCGCCUGCAGCUUUAACGGCGACGCCGUCACCCAGGCCGCCUCGACCGCCUCCAGCUGCAAGUCCCAGCUCGCCAGCGCCAGCUCUGCCAACGCCUACGCCGCCACCGCUACCGCGGGCACCACCGCCACCGGCACAGGCAGCUCCAGCACCUCCAGCUCCAGCUCCUUGGCCAUGCCCUCGGUCCACAAGACCUUCUUCGGCAUUGGUGACCUCGCCAUCGGCCUGUACAUGGUCAUGGCCAUGGGUGCCGGUGCCGCCAUGGUUGCUCUGUAAGGAAAUCAUAAAAGAAAGCAAAAGCAAACGAUUUCCCUGUGGUGUCUGGAACGGUGAUUGUCGAGGAAAGAUGAGAGACAAGAUGAGGGACGUCGGAGUGAUUGAUGUCCUUUUCCACGGGCAAAGAGGGCUGCAUUGUCAUGAUAUCCGACACCGUCCCGCGAGCAGUCCAGGAUGGGGGACCAACGGAAGUACCCUCCCCUGGCCGCGAGGGGGGUGGUCGUCAAGCAAGUGUUUUUUUCUUUGUGACGUAGGAUAUAGACGGAAGCUUCAUGCGGAAUUGAUAUUCUUCCCCCUUUUCUUUUAUACAAUUUUUUGUUUCAACGUCUGGGAUUUGAGUUCUAUGGUUGGCUGCAGUCGGGCUAGGUGGCCUCUCCUUUUCAAGGAUUGCUCCAUCUACCUGUUACUGUCUUUCGAGCCGAUGGGCACACUCGUGUGUACCGGUGUCCUCCAAGAACACCUUAAUGAACCUGCUAAUGCGCCUGGCGUUCUGCAUCUGUUCUUUACCCGUCUGCAUUGGCUUGGCUUGCGGAUUCUGUAUUGUUCAUAGCCCACAGGCACGCAGUACUCUUCAAGGGGGAAAUAUCCGUAAUUACUUUGUAGUAAAUAAAGCAAAUC